AUGUCACCCCGGCACAGCUACCCCGGAAUCCCCGCAGUCUCCACGUUGGCAACUGUAAACACGGAGGGAUCAUUCAGCCUGAGGGACAUGCCGCCUCCUUUUAUGACUUCAGUUGAUCUGUGCUUUGUUCCUGGUGUUUCGACACGACUGAGAGACUCCAUCGUAAAACCGAAGCAGCAUGGCAGCAUUUUGGCACUUGCUUGUUGGACUCCCUCUUCUGCUUUGGAGUCAUCUUCUGACAUCGCCAGUGUGACUAAGCCUAGAGUCUUCAUCUUCUCCGACAUCCUCAACGAACCCGACGACUCCAUGUCACUCAUCCGCUUACUCUUGUACUCGAAUCAACUGGAUAUCCGCGGGCUUUGCGCAACUACAUCAACGUUCUUGAAAACCGAGACACACCCGGAAGAGAUGACCAGAAUCCUACAAGUAUAUGGCACCGUUGUGGGUAAUCUCAACCAUCAUGUUUCGCAGACGUUCCAGUACAGCAGCUCGGAUGUCCUCUUGCCAUUGGUGUCAUCUGGGCCAAAAGUCUACGGAAUGGAAGCGCUGAACACAUCUCUCAGCGAAGGGGCGAAGCAACUAAUCGAAAAGCUCCAAGAGUCCUCGGAGCCACUUUAUGUUAGUCUCUGGGGCGGCGCAGGCACACUGGCACAAGCUCUUAAGCAGAUCGAGACCGACCAGUCUUCGGAAGAUGCUGCACGUUUGAGGUCACGGCUUCGAGUUUAUGCCAUCUCUGACCAGGAUGGCACCGGCUCAUGGAUCCAAGCACGAUGGCCCGAUAUCUUUUACAUCACCAGCAUCAAUGGAUUCAACGAGUUUGAAGGUGCAACAUGGGUCGGCAUCAACACCGAUGACAAUGGUUUUGCGAAUACUACCAAGAUCAAGAAUGCUUGGGCCGAUGAGAACAUUCGAGUCGGGCCUCUCGGGAGCAUUUAUCCUCAGAUUCUAUACGGAAUGGAGGGCGACUCGCCCAGCUUCCUUUGGUUGAUCUCGAAUGGCCUCUCGGUUCCCGAUAUGCCUAACUUGGGAAGCUGGGGAGGCCGUUACACCAGGGUGUCUGAAGUAGAUGAUUUCAACUGGUAUGGCAACGCACCAGAUAGCGUAUCACUUCCUUCGGGAAGUCAAUACCGGAGCAGCCAAGCAACAAUCCGGCGCUGGAGAGAUGCCAUGCAAGACGAUUUCGCCGCUCGUAUGCAAUGGACACUAAACAACAGUGUGAGUGCUGUAGCGCAUCCACCUCAACUGAGCAUCAAUGGCUCGAUAGGCACCGAAGUUGUGAGAUUCGACCUUAGUCUCAAUGGAUCAAUCAUUCUCGACGCUGCUAGUACGUGUGAUGCCGACCACCCUGGAGAAACGAGCCAACUCGACUUUGAGUGGUUUGGGUACCCGCCACCUCAGGGCUUCGGCGUCCAACCUUCACUCACAAUUCUGCCACUCACGCCUCCACUCGGAACGGAUGGUAUUUACUCUUUGAAUGAGGCUGGCUUUGCAAAUGUCACACUUGGACCAAAGGUAAGCAUCUCACCGCCAACUGAGGCCGGCUCUGCGACGGAUGGGAAGGAGUGGCAUGUCGUGUUACAGGUUCGCACCAAAAAGGGGCCGUACGCGAUCCGUCGGUACAAAAGAGUUAUCAUCACAACGCUUCCCAGUCUUGUUAGAGAUACAACUUCGAUAGGAUGGUUUACGUUGUACUUGAUACAUUUUCCAUUGCACCAAGGAUCGGAAGAGUUGGUUCAAGAUUGGUGUGCCAAGCGCGGGAAACCUUGCCCGGCGCUUUGUGCCGGCCAGGAGAUAACACCGGUGAUGAAUUACAGAAUCCGAGUAUUUGCUAGAUGGUUUUCAGGCGUCUCUCCCAAUUCAACAACAUCCAGCUUCAACCCCAUUUCUCCGUACCCUGAAGCAGAUCCCCCGCUCAAUUACACCAAUUCCCGACAAAGUUCAAUCGUCGAGGAAGAGGAAGAGGGAUUCACAUAUCCAGAUGGAGGCACCACAGCCUGGUUGCAAGUCCUAGCCUCACACUUGAUCAACCAAAUCGCCUGGGGUUACCCCUCCUCAUACGGUGUCUACCAGCUCUACUACACCACCACCCUCAGCCUCCCCUCAUCGCAGGCAUCAUGGAUAGGCUCGAUCCAGAUCUUUCUCACUUUCGGCAUCUGCGCGCUAUCGGGCCGCCUAGCCGACGCAGGCUACACCCGUCACGCCGUCAUCGUCGGCCUAUUCAUGGCCGUGAUGGGGACAUUUCUAACCAGUUUCUGCCACGCAUACUGGCAAAUCUUCCUUGCACAGGGUUUAUGCACCGGACUCGGGAUGGGCAUCAUGUUUAUGCCAGGGAUCACCAUCGUCGGCUCGUAUUUCAAGAGGCGCAAGACUCUAGCGCUCUCCAUUGUUACCACGGGGACAGGCCUCGGCUCUGUUACAUUUCCUAUUCUGCUGAAUUACACAAUGCCUCAUGUGGGCUUUGCGUGGGCUGUGAGGUGUCAGGCCUUGAUGAUGUUGAUACUUGGUGUUAUUGCGAUUGCGCUGAUGAGACCGCGGCUGGCGCCCAGGAAGAAGGGUCCUUUGAUCGAGUGGGGUGCCUUUAAAGAACGGUCCUAUACGUGUUUCGCUAUCGGGAGCUUCUUCGUGUUUCUGUCUCUUUACUUCAGUCUCUUCUAUAUGAAUGUCUUUGCCCGCGAGGUCAUUGGGCUGUCUUUCACUGAAUCUGUCUCCUUGCUGCUGAUUCUGAACUCGUCAGGAAUACCCAGUCGCGUUCUCUCAGGAUUCUUAGCUGGGCGCUAUCUGGGCUCGAUAAAUAUGUUCAUCAUCAGCAACGUGGUUGUGAGUGGUAUGUACUUUGCAUGGAUUGGAGUCCACACGAGUCCUGGGCUUUACGUCCUUAGUGUCUUCUUCGGCAUCGCAAACGGUUUCGUACAAGGCGUCUUUACACCUGCCCUGGCGAGUCUGACUGUAGACCCCACGAAGAUGGGAGCACGCUUCGGAAUGGUCGCGACAAUUGUGGGUGUGGCUUCCUUAGCAGGGCCUCCUAUCGCUGGCGCGAUCCUCGACGUGUCGGGUGGAAAGUAUAUCUGGGCGCAGAUCUGGGCGGCUGUGAUAACUUUGUUAGGCGUUGGAAGUCUGUUUGCUGCUAGAAUAGCGGCCGUUGGGAAUGUCUUAAGAGCAAAGGGUAUUGACCGUCGAGCAGCAGGUGAUGUUAAGAUAUUGCUAGGACAAGUGAUUGACUAG